AUGGCCGACCUGCUGAUGGAAGAGCUGCGCGCAGCCAGACACCGAGCUCAAUCACUGCUCAAACAGUUUCUAAAGAUCCUCGACUCGGUGCACAUCGCCCCUGGAAGUCUCGUCGUUAUCCUGUUCUUCCUGGUGUCGGCGGUGCUGUGUUUGUCAGGCUGCCUGAUGCUCCUCUGCUGCAAGCGGCCGAAGCGCGGCACAAAGGGCAACGCGCAAAAGGAGUUGCUAUGCAAGAAAGGGCUAUUCGCGCUGAUGCUCGCUCGGCUCGACGAAUUCGACUCGCUCACCCCGCUGAUCGUCACACCAAACACCCCGCUGGACAACAAGGAGAUGACACUUUCGAGCUCCUCUUCAAAUCUGCAACGACCCUCCUCCACUUCUCCACCUCCGCCCCGACGUCCGCAAGGAGGACGGACGCUGCUGGUGCCGUUGAAUACGCGAUAUCGAUCGCCAGCUGUUCCGCUACUCGGGACGCCGGAGAGUCGAGUGACAACUUUUGAAGCGGGAACUACGAAGAGCUGCGCCACGAUUCCAGAAGAUGAUGAGGAGACGUACGAGGAUUUGGUGUCGAUCGAUCGGACAUCUUUUUCUACUCGAUCCGACGCGAAAUCUCAACGCUAUUUUUCCCCAUCCGCCUAUAACCUCUACGUUCCCGGGUCGCCACCAGAAUUUCAGGUGCCAACCCCCGCCUACGAUCCGCCAGAACCUCCCUCAAAAGAACCGAUCCGGCCAAGGCCACAGAAGCUGUACGCAAGAAACGAGAAGAAGCCGGAAUCCCGGGAAAUCCGGCUCGAGAUGGAGAAGAUGAUGCAAAAGGCGAAGAAGAGUAGCCCGGAGACGCCGACGAACAGCUUGAGCAGUCCGCAAUCAUCGCUGGGAUCGGCAUCUCCAGUCGACACGACCGGCUCGCUCAGCGACUCGUUUUGCAUAGACCCAAAUUACGGAAAAGAUGCGGACAAACGGACUGAUGUCGAUCCAACCGGAAAAUAUCAGCUUCACAGAAUCGAGGAAGAAUCUGAGCAUUUCUCCGAAGAGCUGCUCGAUAAAUGCACCGACUCGCAAAAUAUCGCGCGGAGCGUCAGUCAGCAGUUUGAACUCCUGCAACUCCAACAUCACCGUCAAUCGUCA